CGUGCUAAACGACCAUCAGGCACAGCCCCUGCUGCACGCCAUAGGCCUGGGACCCCCUGACGCCCUGGACGCCCUCGCCUACUGGUGGUGGGUCCUACAGGGGCUGCUGCUCGCUACCCUGGCGAGCUUCAUCUCGGGGCCCAGCGCCCCUCAUGACGACAAUCCUGACAGUAAUAUUCACCCUGUGGGUGAAGAGGGUGACUUUAAAGAAGUGGAGUUGAGGGAGGUGGUGGUGGUGGUGGAGGUUGGACAGCAGAACAAUAACAGCAAUGAGCACGAAACUGUUGAAUCACCUCCAGGGGCCAACACACAAAGUGAAGUGUUCCUUCAGACACACAGUAACAACAAACACGGAACGGUCCGAGGCAUAAUGUCACGUGUAUCAACGCCUUGCCAACGCCUACUCAAGGUUAUUAUGCGCCGCCCCUCCAAGCGUGUGGCCGGCCUGCUGCUGCUCCUGCUGCUGGCCGGCCACGUGGCCACCCUGGCCUACGCCUACCAUCAGCAAGGCCAGAGUGACCUCCUGCGGGGCAUUGCCGCGCUGUGCUCCGUGCUCGCCCUGCCACCCCUCGCCCUCCUCCUGCCAGCCGAGAGUUCCUUAAUGAGUUGGGCGUGGCUCGCCGUUCACGUCACUUAUAGUGACGACCUCGCGCAAGGCGCCCUCCGCGUGCUAAACGACCUGCAGGCACAGCCCCUGCUGCACGCUCUGGGCAUGGGCCACCCCGACGCCCUGGACACCAUCGCCUACUGGUGGUGGUUCCUACAGGGGCUGCUGCUCCCUACCCUGGCGAGCUUAGUCUCGGGGCCCAGCGCCCCUUAUGACGACAACCCAGAUGAUGACGACAACGACGAUAACAACCCUGACUGUGACAGCCCUGACGAUGACAACCCUGACCGUGAUCUUGACCCUGCGGGUGAAGAGGAUGACUUUGCGGAGAUGAACCUGAGGGAGGUGGUGGUGGUGGAUUGGCAGUUCAGGGUGGGGGCUCUAGUCCCCCCUCCUGACUCGCCCCUCCUCCAGCCUCGGGGGGAGGAGGAGAUGGAAGACGAGGAUGAGCUUGAGAACGUGAAUCGGAUGGAAGUAGCGGAGGCGGUGGAGGAAGGGUUGUUUGGGGUGGGGGCCCUUGCCGCCCCUCCCGAGCCGCCUGCCGAGGAGGAGGUUGAAGAAGAGGAUGGUAUUGAGGAGGUGGAAAGAGGGGAGGUGGUGGGGGAGGUGGUGGGGAUGGUGGUGGAGGGGCAGGUCGGGGUGGGGGUUGUUGCCGCCCCUCCGGACCCGCCCGCCCGCCACCCUGGUCCUGUUGAGUAAGGAGGAUGAAGGCGAGGAUGACUCUGACGAAGUGAGCGUGAGGGACGUGGCAACGAUGGAGUGACACCACUGCAGAAAGCAUAGAAAAAUACAAAAACAAACAAAAAAUACAAAAUACGUAAAAGAAGAAAAAAAAAUAUAAAACACCAGAGUAAAAAAAAAAUCUAAUAAAAAUAUUAGGUUAAGAUUCUUAAAAAAAAUGAAACCAAAUACAGAAUACUUAAAACAAUAGAAAAUGCAACAAAAAAAGAAAAAAAAAUCAAAUAGAAAAUAUUAGGAUUAAGAUUCAUAAAAAAGUAAAACCGAUUGCAAAAUACAUCAAAAACAAAAAAAGCAAAAAAAUAAAAAAAUAAUGAAUAAACUCAAAACCCAAUACAAAAUAUUAGGGUUAAGGUUCAACUUUAUUUGUGUCUAAAAGGAGCAACGGUUUCACCCGAACAGUCGUCAAUGUGAACACGUGUGCAAUAUUUUAUAUUUCCCAGAGAUGUCGUGUGAUAUGUUUAGGGGUGAUGUCGUGUGAUAUGUUUAGGGGUAAUGUCGUGUGAUAUGUUUAGGGGUAAUGUCGUGUGAUAUGUUUAGUGGUAAUGUCGUGUGAUAUGUUUAGGGGUAAUGUCGUGUGAUAUGUUUAGG